UGGUCGGGGUCGGGGACGUGGCCUCGUUGCUAAGGCCAGUUUCGCUCGACAGGCGUGGCUCGGUUUGGCCCAGGGGCGCGGCCUGGUUCAUCACCCUGCCCUGCCCGGUCCGGGGCGCGGUUUCAGUUCAUGGGAGCGGCUCCGAUCACGUCGCUCCGCCCGCUGUCAAUGUUUUCUCACCUCUGCCACCUAGUUCUCACGAUAAUAGUCUGGUGGCGCUGGGGUCUCAGAUCCGGCGACAGGAUGGUGGGCGCUGAGGCCGCGGUGCUGCGUUCCCCGGCUCUCCUGUGCGUCCUGGUGCUGCUCGGGCCCGGGCUCCAGAGACCGGUGGCAGGACGGGCUCUGAGAUUCGUCAACCUGGUUUUUCGUCAUGGUGAUCGAUCUCCUAUCAUAGGAUUCCCCAAGGAUCCAAAUACAGAGAGUGAUUGGCCUCAAGGAUUUGGGCAGCUUACCCAGGUUGGAAUGAGACAGCAGUAUGCACUGGGCCAAUAUCUGCGAAAUCGUUACCAUGGCUUCCUCAACUUGUCUUAUGACCGACAUGAGAUUUACAUUCGGAGCACAGAUGUUGACCGUACUCUGAUGAGCGCUGAGUCGAAUCUUGCUGGGCUGUACCCUCCACAAGGACAUCAGGUCUUCCGUCCUGACUUGAGAUGGCAACCGAUUCCUGUGCAUACAGUGCCUGAGGGAGAGGACCAGGUGCUUGCAUUCCCACUGGACAACUGUCCUCACUACACACAGUUGAUUGCAGAGACGGAAAAACAAGAGGAAUACAAAAAGAUGAUGAGAGAAAACAAGGAGUUCCUGAACAUGCUUGUGAAUGCCACUGGGGUUCCCAGAGAGAUGAUGUCAUUAGGAACCAUUUGGUCGAUUUAUGACACCCUGUUUUGUGAGCAAAUCCACAACAAAACUGUGGCUUCCUGGGUGACCCCUUCUGUCAUGGAGCACCUCAGGUUGUUCAAGGAAUUCACCCUCCAUGUCUCAUAUGGAAUGUACAAGCAAGAGGAGAAGUCACGGCUCCAGGGGGGUAUGCUCGUGAAAAAAAUUCUCCAAAAUAUUGAACAAUCGUUGCAGACGUCAUCUCCAACACCAAAGCCCAAAGUGAUCAUUUACUCAGCGCACGACACAACAAUUGCAGCUCUUCAAAUGGCUCUGAAUGUUUACAGCCUGUCUUCCCCUUACGCUGCCUGCCACAUAGUUGAGCUGUACCUGGAGGACGAUGGGUCCUUCACUGUGGAGAUGUACUUCAAAAAUGAAAGUUCUUCUGCACCAUACCCCCUAACUCUUCCAGCCUGCACCCAAAAGUGUCCCUUGGAUAAGUUCAUCCAGAUUGCCAAAAGAGUGGUACCUGAUGACUGGAGAAAGGAAUGUGGCCAUCCCAGUAACCACUGCCAAAUAGAGCUGAUCCUGGGCCUGGCUGUGGGCUGCUGUCUUGCCCUGCUCCUCAUUAUGCUGAUUGUACUGCUCCAUUGCCGGAACAAAGAUCAAUACUUGGGCUACCAGAAAGUGGCUGAGGAAAAUGAGGGGACUGAGAGGACUUCGAUCUGAUCAGGACACAGAAUAAAGAGUGGCCGUGUGACUGGGGGAGUGGGGAGCAGUCUGACCAUAGCUGAGGCAGCUUACUUUUCCUAGAUGCUGCCUGGCCUGCUGAGUUCUUCCAGCAUUUUGUGUGUUGCUCGUAUUUCCGGCAUCUACAGAUUUUCUCCUGUUUGUGACUCCCUCUGGUUUGUCACCCUUCAGAUUUCACCUAUCACCUUCUUCUCUCCCCCCUCCCCCCACCUUUUUAAAUCCACUCAGUUUUUUUCUCCACUCCUGCCGAAGGGUUUUGGCCCGAAAUGUCGACUGUACUCUUUCCCUAGAUGCUGCCUGGCCUGCUCCUCAAGCAUUUCGUGUUUGUUACUUUAAAUUGGUUUUGUUUUGUGCAAUAAGCAGGGUUCAACUCCACUCUUUACAUUGUCUGAAGUGUAAUUUCUGCAGAAAAGGAAUACUGUUUGAAAAAAGACCUUGAGUAAAGGGGAAGGUAGACAGAAAAGCUGCACUGGAUACUUGAUUCUUUAGUAAAGCUGGGUGGGAACAGUGACCUCUGUCCCAUAACCAUUCCAGUAGACACAAGGAGGCAGCCCAUCGCUGUGGUCUCUGGCACCUCUGAGAGUUGCCAGGUCAGUCUCAUUAUGUUACACAAGCUGCAUCCCUGCAAGCCUGAGGCUGCCUGUGGAAAUCCAUUGGUGUGAAAGAUGUGCGUGGGGGUAUUGUACCAUCGGCUGCAGCUUCUCUACAUUCCAGUCAUGUACAACCAGAUCCUGGACAGCCAUGAGAUAAAGCAACCAAACAAUGCUCUAUGUUCUGUUUGAAUAAUGUUUGGGACAAAAAGUAUUGCUUUUGGUCUUUUUCACUAACCCAUCUCUACCUCUUGAGUCCUGGGAUUUGCUGCAUGGGUAUCAAUAUUUUUCUCAGUGUCAGUUUUGUGUUCUGGUGGGAAUAGUUACAUCCAGUGCAAAUGUUUACAUGUGUGCUUCUUUUGCCUUCCAUUAGGAAAUUCACCCGCUGCUUUUAUUUGGAAAUGUUGAUUUUUUAAUAUAUAGCUCUUUAAAAAAAAGCCAGCCUGUGAUGCUAAGUGAGUUUGCAUUGUCUCCGCACAGCUGGGAGGGAAAGUGUAGGGGAGAGAGAAUCGAGAUAUUCCACAACUACUUGCUUGUAGUGAUGGGAAAUGCAAGUUCUCAUGGAAGAUCCCUUUACCCUCCUCUUUUCUCCUCAGCUGAUAUUCUCUCUAAAAUUUGUUCUCUUUAGUCUGCUGGUUCAGUUCUGUGUAUAAACGUCAAGGCUAGCCAGUGUGUAUUUUGGUGGGUCAGCAUGGACAGGUUGGGCUGAAGGGCCUCCAUGCUGUAUUGCUCUAUGACUUCCAGCUGGAAGGCUAGGGAGAGAGAGUGACUGAUGACCUUCAGUGACCCUUACCCAGUGUGAAGUGGUUUAACCAGCUGCCCAGUGUAUGAAUUAAAAGACAGUUCACUACUGUUCCCUUAAUAUCAGAAUGUAAUUGCUGAAUUUGAUGAAAGUCCUCCUUCCCACACAGUUUUAUUCUGACUCCUGCCCCCUUCCUUUCCCAGUCCUGAAAUGUCAGCUGAUUAUUCCUCUCUAUCGAUGCUGAGGGGAAUAAACAGUUGAUGUUUCUCCAGUAUUUUAUGUGUUGCUCAAGAUCCGCUGGUUCUCCUUCAGAAAUAACUUGUCCUUCACUAUUAGCACUUGUAUAACUGGAGAUCAGAAAAUUGAGGCAAUUUGACAAAAAUCCAUUGUGACAUCCUUUUUGUUCUAUACUGCUGCUCUUUCAGUAUUAAAGCUAUAAUUACACUCUUUGAUAAGUUAAAUAUUAAUAACAGUCACAUUAAGGUCAGUUCCUCCUUUGGAAGGAACUGGUCCUCCACAAGAUGGGACUAAUCGAAACAUUUAAGUGGAUAUCUUUUCCAUAAAGAAUGACAGAGUCUAUAAUUCUCCUCCAAAAGUGAGGGGAUACUACUUAAUGUUGGAACUUAGCAAAGUGGCAAGGUUUUGAUUGGGUACAGGUAACUAAGGGUCAGAGGGCAAAAGCAAAUUCAAAGCACAACUCACCAAACUGACUGGCCAAAGGGCAGGCCCCUUCCAGCUCCUCUUUCUGACUGUAUGGGGCUUUAUUUUUGUUAUACUUCAGAACCAUUUCUAUUGAAAGGUACAGUCUACUCAAAGUGUGAAUUUCUCAGCAUUUUGUACGUUGCUUGCAAUAAAGAUCGCCUUUUCUCUCCCCAGCUUGAAUAAUGCUGCAUUUCUCUACGACUCGAUGAUUUAUCAGCAGCUGAAUUAAAUGUGAAUGUGAUGUAUUUGUAGUUGUAUUAAAGUUAA